AUGCUGCCGCUCAUUCAAACAAUCCUCUACGCAUGUCUGGCCCUCUUCGGAAUCGUCUCCUUCGUCGCGAUUUACGACGAAGUAAGUUCGGAUUUUGCUUUUUUGGAAAUUUGCAAAACCAAGUUUUUCAGGACUACGGCGAGGCCACGGACAAAGAGCGAAGCGUCCGCGCUUCGGUGGAAAUGUUCCCGGCGAAGCCGUUCCGACAGCCGAAGAAAGUGAGGAAACCGCCGACGGCGGAGCUCAUCGACGAGUCGAUGUGCGCGCAUCUGCGCCGCCGCAAAAUGAUGGGUACGAUCCGCGAGCGGAAGACCAAAAUCGACGGCCCAUGCAAUUGUAUUGUUUCGUAUGAUAAAGCAGUCUGA